GUUGGCUUGUGCCGCAGCAGCCCGAGUCCCGGGAAGCACGGGGCGCAUAGGGAGCCAGAGCCUGGCGUCCGUCUGGUUGCUCUGGAGCCGAGUCGCGUGGCAUCCUGCCGGCUCGCCUCUUGCCAUGGGGAGCACCGAGAGCAGCGAGGCCCGCAGGGUGUCCUUCGGAAUGGACGAAGAGGAGCGGGUCCGGGUGCUGCAGGGCAUCCGGCUGUCCGAGAAUGUGGUUAACCGCAUGAAGGAUCCCAACCAGCCUUGCAAAGCUGGGGAGCCAGCUCCGCCUCCUGCCCCUCCGCCUUCUACGGGUGGCUCCUCCAAAGGCCCCGAGAAAGACUCCAAACCGCCCAGGUCUGAGUAUGGUGGUGGCCGUCAGCCCUCGGGGGUGGAGGAGGAUUUCCUCAAAAGGUAUAAACAGGAGCAGGCCAAGGUCCAGGACGAGUUGUUCCAGGUGGUGACGAGGGAACGAGAGGCAGCCACCAAGCACAGGAGUGCGUCCAUGCAGCGGGGGGAGGGCAGCGUUGACCAGGACAAGCGGAAGUCAACCCAGCUGGCCAGGGAGCUGGAGAGCCGGGAGGCAGAGCUGAGCCGUCGUGACACCUUCUAUAAGGAGCAGCUGGGACGCCUCGAGAGGAAGAAUGCCGAGAUGUACAAACUGUCUUCACAGCAGUUCCAUGAGGCAGCUUCAAAAAUGGAGGGCACGAUAAAGCCCCGCCGGACAGAGCCUGUGUGCUCAGGGCUGCAGGCCCAGAUCCUCCGCUGCUACCGUGACCACCUACAAGAAGUACUCCUGUGCUCGGACCUGGUCAAGGCUUACCAGCACUGCGUGAGCGCCGCUCACAAGGGUUGAGGAGCAGGCCUCCAUCCUGGCCCUGGCGGUGACUUGGAGCUCUGAAGAAGGAACCAGUGAUGGGACCACAGUCCGCAGACCCCUGGGCCACAGCCAUUUUCUCCUGGGUGCCUAUGGAUGUCUCUGUGCUUGGGGCUGCCGUGUGUUUGGGAAGUAGAGGAUGUGCUACUGUCCGAAAACAAAUAAAGCAAAUGUCUUUGUUUUCAGUCA